CUGGGAACUAGUUUUCCACUCAUUUCGAAAAAUUGCCGCCAGUCGAACGCACCGCAACCGGUGGAACGCGCAACGCACGCGCAACACGCUCGAAAAAUUAAACCGAAAACUUGUAAACCCAACCAAAUUCAGAAGUGAUAAUGUGCAGUUGAGAGACGAAGGGCUAAAGAACAAUCCUUAGAAGCAAUAAAACAAAGCAAACGAUCAUGGUCAUGGAGAUGUCCAAGACGUAUCAGUACCGCAAGGUGAUGAAGCCGCUCCUGGAGCGCAAGCGACGCGCCAGGAUCAACAAGUGUUUGGACGAUCUCAAGGAUUUGAUGGUGGAGUGCCUGCAGCAGGAGGGCGAGCAUGUCACCCGGCUGGAGAAGGCGGAUAUCCUGGAGCUCACGGUGGAUCACAUGAGGAAACUCAAGCAGCGAGGUGGUCUCUCUCUUCAAGGAGUCGUUUCGGGUGGCAACAGCCCGCCCACUUCGACCAGCACCGCCCACGUGGAGUCCUUUCGCUCGGGAUACGUUCAUGCCGCCGAUCAGAUUACGCAGGUCCUGCUGCAGACCCAGCAAACCGAUGAGAUUGGCCGCAAGAUAAUGAAGUUCCUAUCGACGCGACUAAUUGAGCUGCAGACGCAGUUACUCCAGCAGCAGCAGCAACAACAACAACAACAGCAGCAGCAGCCACUACAAAUACCGCAAUCCUCAGGACGACUGGCCUUCCCGCUUCUGGGAGGAUAUGGACCGGCGGCCGCCGCUGCCGCCAUUAGUUACAGCUCCUUUCUGAGCAGCAAGGACGAGCUGAUCGAUGUGACAUCCGUCGAUGGCAACGCACUAUCCGAAACGGCGUCGGUCAGCUCGCAGGAGUCCGGCGCCUCGGAGCCCGUCUGGAGGCCCUGGUAAUCGGACCCGAUAUCCUGCCCAAUUGAUCUUAUCCCUAACAUUAUAAUCGCAAACCCAAAAAAUGGCUAAUGACCGUUCUGCAACAAGAUCCGUUGUCUUCCAAAGUAAAUCAUAACAACCUAAGUUAAUUGAUGUCGAUUCGCUAAUCGAUUUCAAAUUGGUUUUGAAAUACUUUUAGUUUUAGCUCCGAUAAUCGUAGUUUGUAAAUUGUUUAGUUUCAACUGUGAUAUAACUAAAAUACGAUGAUCAAUCAAUCAGUGAACAUAUAUAUUCGAGUGCGCUGUUUCCUACUGCAAACGUUUCCUAAGUUCAUUAGUUCAUCGCGCCUCCUUCAUUGUUUAGCCUACUUUAAGCUUUAAAUAGUUUAUAAAUGUUAAUUUAUGUUUAGCUGAGAAAGACGAAUCAAAAAUACAUUACCCAAAUAAAAUAAAUCAAUAAAAUUGCAAAAGUA